AUGGGUUACCCAAGCACAGACAAAGAGCAAAGUAAGGAUGAUGCCAUUGCUCCAGAUAUUAUUGCUGAAGGCUCUGGACUUAAACAUAGUUAUGGCUUCUUCAGUAAACCAACCAAAUAUGUAAACAUGAUGGAAAAAAUGAGCAUGCUAUAUUCAUUUAUAUCACUGGAGCAUAUCACUUAUAUGAGACUAAGGAGAGGCUUUAAGGGACUAGGGGCUACAUUUGAGGGGCUAUUCCUCAUCUCAAGUGAGAAGCCUGGUCACUCUCACCUGCUCAGUAAUAGCCUCAUGGAUCUGUAUCAGUUGGAACAGUUACAUGUGAAGCUGUUGUCCCAGCAUGAGGUGUUUGUCUACCUUGACAUGAUAAGAUGUCAUCCCAUUGUGAAAGUGUUAGAUUACUGUAGGAUAGGAACAAGAAUAGUAUAUUCUUUAGCUCAUGAUGGUUUGCUGUUGAUCUUGAAUCCAUUAAGGAAACUGAUCAACAUCUCUUUGAUGUACUCAAAGCUACAGGUCCCGGGCCCUUACAUGGAGUAUGGCAGGUCCCCGGCUCGGUCUCAGGACGAUGAACAGGUUAAUUACUUUUGCCAACGACCUAAUCACGACAACGACUUUGCCUAUCAGAAGGGGCAGAGAUGGGCUCUCGGGGAUGAUUCUGUCAUCGAUGUGGCGGAAGAAGUGACUCCAGUUCAAGUUCUAGUUGAAAGAGUUUCAGGUGCAAUUGUUAAAGUGUUGAAUGAAGCGUGGAACGAGUUUUUAAGUUUUACGCGGUCUGUUGAAUGGAAACGUUGGCGGGAAAGGUCCUUGGGGAUUGCACGGAAGUCGAGUUUAGAUUUUGAUUCUGUAAAUAUUCUUGGCUGUCAGCGAGAACCAUCUCAAGCAUUUCCUUCUUCAUUUCAGAUUGCGCCAGCGAAAAAGCUGUGGGGAGUGGAAGAGGGGAAAACAGACAACAAGGGGAUUUUCAACAUAGGUGAACCCACUUGGAGAGAAGCAGCAUGGAGCACAGGACACCCAACAGACCACGGAGUGGGACAGAGCCACGGGUUGAGUAUGGGUGUGGGGCAGCGAGGCCCCGGACGUCCACAGUUCCCCGGGGGAGACUCCGUGCUGUCCCCGCGCGCUUCGGACCACGCCGGUGUGGGGCUCAAGAUGGUCGAGUACGUGUUGGCGUCCUCACCCACAGGCAAGGACCUAGACGCUCGCAUGGCCAACCUGCAACUCAGAAACGGUGGUGUAGAGACGAGCAAGGACAAGAAAGAUAAGGCACCGUCACCUUUCGACCCCACAAAGAAGGACGUAGAGAACGGCAACGCCCCACAGGCGAACGGCAUCGUGCAGAACGGCCUCGAUGACGACAAAACUUUUAACCGGACGCCGGGCAGCAGACAAGGCUCACCAUCGGAGGAGGACAUCAACAAGAAUGGUAUGGUGACGGGCGUGGGUGUGAAGGAACCAGAACUCGUUGGGGGAGGUGUGGUGAUGGGCGGUCCCAGUGCACAGGUCCUCGGACACCUUGACCACCCAGGGUUUGAGGGCGUGGGCGGCGGGGCUGUCGGCGGUGGAGCUGUCGGAGGCAUGGGCGGACCCGCGGGCAUCCUUGACCCAAGUAUGAGCGGCGCGGGCGGGCCGUUCUCAUCCCCAGCAGGCCCAGACUAUAGCAACAUGGCCACCAGCAUGCCCAUGGAUUCACCUACGCUCCUACCGGGACCACAACCACAAAACUUUACCGACAAUCAGGUAAGUACUCGAUGACAGCUUGUUCCAUUGCCUAGUUAUUACUAUCAUUAUAUGCAUCCAUUACUAUAAAUCCUCAGCUUUUGCGAAACAUGAAAUAGGCUUUUACACCGGAAGUCAGGAUUAGGGUUCACUGUUCACUGGGUUGGUGUAGAAAGACUGGGGUCGUGAGCAGAGACAAGGAAAAAAUGGUCACCGCUAUGUAUGUGACCCCCU